AUGUUAUGUAUCUGGAUGGCUGAUGAAGGGAUGAUUGGUGACUUUAUACCUGUGGGAGGGAUGUCCGUCUCUGACGCUAAGAAUCUGUCUCUUCCAGUGAUCGAGGAGGGUAACUGGCUGUCUCUGGAUCAGGCCAUCUCUCGCCCUGGAUUGGGAUUUGAUGCUGUCAUUUGCCUGGGGAAUUCAUUUGCACAUCUUCCGGAUUUUAAAGGAGAUCAGAGUGACCAGCGACUGGCUCUUCGGAACAUUGCAGGGAUGGUGAAGCCUGGAGGAAUGCUGAUCAUCGACCACCGAAACUACGACUACAUCCUGAACACUGGCUGUGCCCCUCAAGGCAAGAAUAUUUACUACAAGAGCGAUCUGACCCAGGACAUCAGCACUUCCAUCCUGUGGGUGAAUAAGAAGCCUCACAUGGUGACCCUGGAUUACACUGUCCAAGUGCCAGCAUCGGGGGAGCUGCAACCAGAAAUGAGGUACAACCUCCUCACCCCAUUAUAAGGGCACUGAUUGGCA